CAUCGUCCCCACUGCCAGCCAUGCCAUGUCAGCACAUAAUUAAAAAACAUAUGUAUUGGGUUUUAGAAGAAACUGGGAGUUUUGUGGGAGCUUGCCAGGUUGGCAAUGGAAGCUUAGAGAUCCCGGUUAUACAGGUUGGGCAAUGGUUUGUGAGAGUUUAAAAUUUUUCUGGGCACCCUUCUCGUGAAUUACUUAGUCCAAGUUUGAGUCUUGGAUUUUAAGCUAUUGGGGAAAAUCUUCCCUUACAUAUCUUCCUUCUUCUUCAGCCUUCACUGCCAAUGCUUCUACAUUAAUGCUCCAAAGGUCUCUAGUUUCUCAUUCAAAUACUCUCACUGCACUUCAUUCAUUUCCCAGUUGAAUGUAUGGGCUAGGUGAGUAUAUAUUCAGUUUUUGAGCCUCUGUUCCAAUCUCCUCCUCUUCUUCUUCUCCUUCCUAUUGACGUGGUUGGAGGUGUGAGUGGGUCCUGUAACCCACUUUCCUUGCAAGUUUAAUACCCCCCCUCAGGGUAUAUUACUAGCAAGGAAGUUCUGGGAGUGAAGAUUUGAACUUUUAUUUUUCGGAUUUUUUGGGAGUUCUGUGAGAUUUUGAUUUCAUCUGGUUAGGUGGAUCGGAAUCUUUCAACCACCAUUUUUUUUUGGAGAUUUCAAUUUGGGUUUUCUUUCACAUUUUUUUUGGUUAAAUUCAUUGCGAGGCCUCCAAAUUAGGCCACUGCUUGUUCAUAGCUACAGAUCACAUUGUCUGCUGGUUAGCGUUUCUGCCAUUGUUUGAAUUUCUUUGGAAGAAGAUAUGCAAGCACAAAUGGCCUAUUUUCCUCCUGAAACCAAGAAGCGUGGUGGGUUCGAUUUGUAUGGGGGGGUCUUUAACAGUAGGAUUUUUGGGUCCUUUAGGGAUUCUAAUGGGAAUGCGGAUCGGUCUAAGAAUAAUAAUAAUGGGGGCAGUAGCCCCUCCUUUUAUUCGUUUAGUAAGAAUGGCGAUGGUGAUAAGCAGCGGCAGAUGCCUGUAGGAGAGACCAAAAAUAUCAUGAAAGCUGAAGAGAUCCAUAAAAUGGCAAAUGCCGGUGGAGGAAUUGCAGACAGUGGGAAAGAAAUGGAAAUGAAUUUGAAAGAAGCUCAACACGGAGAUGCCAACAAUGUGAAUUUGAAGGGAUCCAUCCACAAGAUUGGGGCGGAUUCGGGAAGAGUCGAUAUGGAUAGCAAGAAGCAAGAUGCGGAAUUCUCAGAUAAUUCUGUUAGUUCUAUGUCUGUAAGCUCUAGCCUGGGCAGAAAAUCCUCUGAUGCAAGCAGUUGUAGUUCUUGUGGGUCGGUCAGUGGUAUUGUGAACAUGGUAGUGAGCCCAGGAAGGGAGAUGGUUAAGUUGGGUGGAAAUCGUAGCCAUUCUGGAGAGCUGAGCAGUGGGGGGAGUUCAAGUGGAGGAAGUCCUACGGUUGAAAGCAGCGGAAGGAGGUCCUGCUCAAGCGUUGGCAACAUACUUGGAAAUGGGCCUGCAAGGAAAUCAUAUUCCGCUCCUUUGGGAAAUUUGAAGCAUCAUGGAUCUAGGGCGACCAAAAGUGACUGCUAUCCGCCCUCUCUGAAAAGUGGUUAUUCUUCUAGUUCUUCUGGAGAACUGACCAGUCACAGUAACAAUAGCAAUGGCAAUGGCAAUGUCUCUCACAUUGGCAAUGUGCUUUCCAGUGGAAACAUCCUUUCCAAUGGAAAACCAAAACCAAACGCUGCCACAAACAAUGGGAAAGGGAUUCCAAGGGGGACAUCAGAUCAUGUUCCAAGCCAGUAUGUUCUGAGAUCUGGAAAUGCAAACUAUGGACAUGGAAGCAUAAUCAAGGGGAAUGGAGUGACUGGAAACAUUCAGAUUGCUGGCGAAAACAUAAUGUUGAAGCGUGUCCUGGCCAGUACAGAUCCAGAGGUUGUGAAGAAUGGUGGAAAUGAUCAGUAUCAUAAGGGGCAUUUUUCAGAGGCACUGUUUUUGUACGAAAGAGCAAUUGCUUUAUCUCCUGGACAUGCUUUGUAUCAUAGCAAUAAGAGUGCUGCACUUACAGGCCUAGGCCGUUUGCAGGAAGCGGUUCAGGAGUGCUUGGAGGCAAUUAAGCUUGAUCCUUCCUAUGUUCGUGCCCAUCAGAAACUUGCAACUCUCUAUCUCAGAUUGGGGGAAAUAGAAAAUGCUAAAACGCACUUAAAGAUAGCUGGGCAGCUGCCAGAUUGGAGUGAACUGCAGACAGUACAAGCAGUGGAAGUUUACCUAACCAAAUGUGCAGAGGCUAGGAAGAUAGGAGAUUGGAGAAGUCUUUUGAGAGAGAGCACUGCAGCUAUUAUGGCAGGUGCCGAUUCUGCACCACAGUUAUAUGCAUCUAAAGCUGAAGCUUUACUAAAGAUUCAAAGAUUAGAUGAAGCAGAUGGGGUUCUGAUGGCUGCACCCAAGAUAGUAGUUGACGCAUCUGCGAGAUUUUAUGGGAUUGUGGGAAAUUCUUAUCUGCUGCUGGUUCAAGCACAGGUUGACAUGGCUUUGGGAAGGUUCGAAAGCGCAGUUACAAAUGCAGAAAGAGCAGCUCGUAUGGAUCUAUAUAAUCAUGAGGUCACUGCAUUGCUUAGAAAGGCUAGAUCUGUGGCUGAUGCCCGCAAAAAUGGAAAUGCUUUAUUCAAAGCUUGCAAGUAUUUUGAAGCAUGCACAGCAUAUGGAGAAGGGCUUGAACAUGAUCCCAUGAAUGCAAUUUUGCUAUGCAAUAGAGCAACAUGUAGGUCUAAGCUUGGGCAAUGGGAAAAGGCAGUAGAGGAUUGCAAUGCUGCUUUGAGCAUUAAGCCUACCUACUAUAAGGCUCUUCAUAGGCGAGCAGACUCAAAUGCUAAGCUUGAGCGAUGGGAGGAUUCUAUGAGGGAUUAUGAAGCUUUGAGAAGAGAAGUUCCUGGCGACAUAGACGUGGCUCGAGCUCUUUUUGAUGUGCAAGUGAAUUUGAAGAAAUCACGCGGAGAGGAGAUUAAUAACAUGAAAUUUGGAGGUGAAGUUGAGGUGGUUUCCAGCGAUGAUCAAUUUAGACAAGCAAUUACUGCCCCUGGUUUAGCAGUUGUCCAUUUUAGUUCAAGAUCAAAUGAGAGAUGCAAGCAGAUUUCUCCAUUUGUUGACCACCUUUGCAAGAGAUAUCCAUCUGUAAAUUUUCUUAAGGUUGAUGUACAGGACAACCUUUUCUUGGCAAAGUCGGAAAAUGUGAAUUGUGUACCAACUUUCAAAAUUUACAAAAAUGGUUUCAAAGUAAAAGAAAUCAUUGGGCCAAGUCAGCAAAUGUUGGAGAGCUCAGUAAAUCAUUAUAGUCUUUAAUAAGCAGUGGGAUUCAUACAUUUAGUUUCACAUAUUUUUCAUGAACAAAUAAAGUGGAUCAUCACCACAGCUUUCUCACAUUCUUUGAGACCUGAACUUUGGUUCAGACAGGCUCUUGUAUCCCAUUGUAUUGCAUUUAGGACCAUUCUGCAACAUACCUAGUUUGCAUUCUUUCCACUUCUAUUCAUUUUGUCCUUCACUCAACAAAGUGCAAAGCAAGACCUUAUUCCACACAGGUGUCAAGUGAUCUAGCAAGAUUUUGUAAAAGCCAACUUUUUUUUUUAUUAUCAGCAGAGGAAGUCUUGAAUUGCACUUUGUUGAAUGGGUGCCUUCUAAGAUAGUGGGUAUGGGCACCGGGACAUAAGUUCUUCUUGUAUACAGAUGAUUUUUGCAGCCUUCGCAUCUGCAUCUGCUUCUCAUGAUGGUAGCUGGUUUAUAUAUAGCUUCAUUAAGCAUUCAUUCUUCCUUGUACAUAUGUUCAAUGGAUUAUAUUCUUGAGAAAUAUUCAUUCUCUAGUUGUUCUAGAGACCUUCAUCUU